GCUGAGUCUCCUUUCCUUGGACGGAGUUACCUAAGGUUUAGAUACACCUGCUCUGAUAGUGAAGCGAAACUCCCGAUCUUCGUCCUACAAAAGACUCGUAUACUUCCACAAAACAUUCAAUACAAUGGCUGUUAGCAGAGAUCAACUUGUGCAGAGGGCUAAACUUGCAGAACAAGCUGAACGCUAUGAUGAUAUGGCCGAGGCGAUGAAACAUGUAACCCAGGCCGAAAAUGGCGCAGAUCUGUCUAGCGAAGAACGCAAUCUUUUGUCGGUUGCCUACAAGAACAUCGUCGGUGCUCGUAGAUCUUCAUGGAGAGUUAUAUCUAGCAUAGAACAAAAGACUCAAGUAGAAGACAACAGGGCACGAAUGACCAAGCAGUACAGAGAGAAAAUUGAAGCAGAAUUGAAGAAAAUUUGUGAUGAAGUCCUAAAUCUCCUGGAGCAAUACCUAAUACCAAGGGCUAAGAAAAAUGCAGAGGCAAAGGUUGAAGUAGACCAAAGUGCUGCAGAAGCCCCUGUUUUCUAUCUGAAGAUGAAAGGUGAUUAUUACCGUUACCUUGCUGAGGUUGCAUCAAAGGAAGACAGAGAUGCCGUUGUGCAGAAAUCCCAGGACUCUUAUGAGGAGGCUUAUAAUCUUAGCAAAGAGAAUAUGCCCACUACUAACCCAAUCAGACUGGGAUUGGCCCUCAACUUUUCUGUCUUUUACUAUGAAAUUGUUGGUAACCAGGAUGAAGCAUGCAAACUUGCCAAGACAGCGUUUGAUGAUGCUAUUGCUGAUCUAGAUAAGUUAAAGGAUGAGUCAUACAAGGAUAGUACCCUAAUCAUGCAGUUGUUGAGAGACAACCUGACCUUGUGGACAUCUGACCAGCAGGCUGAUGACAAUGAUGCUGAUGCAGAUGGAAACUAAAGACAUUAACAUUUUAAGGCCAUAUGUGAAAUUUCAUCAGGAACACUUUCUGUAAACUCUGUAUUGCAAUUUGAACAUAUAUCCUUUGGAAAUUAUGAACUUUUGGACAUGACCAGCUAGCAAAAUACUCUCUUCAUACAUUUUAUUGUGUUGUUAGUGUAUUUGUUUGUUUCUUCAAUGUUUUUUACCCAAUCAUUUCAAAUUUCUUGGGUAUUUGCUCAUUUUAAAUUCAUAUACAUUUAUCUUUAGAAUUUAGGGUCAUUGAAAUCUUCAUAACCUGUUUUGUCAUUUUUCUUAAUUCUUUGAGCUUUUUUGGUCAAUCUUUUACCAUAUAAGACAGUGUUCUUUUAUCAAAAUCUCAAUAAAAGCUGAUAGAUUGUAAAUUGUUUUUAUUUUUCUGCCUAUCUUUAUUGGCCCCCUUUCAAGAUGCUGUGUUUAUUUUUCUGGUUUUCAUUUCAAUACCCAUCUAAGAAGCAGAAUAGCUAUGCAGGCUUUUGAAAUGCUAUUGAAAACAGGUUAGGUCAAGCAGUAUUUCAUAAAAAUUAACUGUAAUUAAACUAGUCCCUUAUUCUGAUCCAUAUUGCAAAGCUGGUAAGAUUGCUUUCCAGGAAUAAUUGAUAUUAUGUUGUUUUUUGCAUUGAAAAGGAGAAUUUUAAGGGCUGCUGAGUUAAUUUUUUCAUUUAUGUUAGUAAUGUUUCAGAAGUUUAUGAGAUAAAAGUUUCUUAGAAAUAUAUAUAGAUAAAUA